CUGCCCAGUUGUAUCUUGGCCAAUAGGCGGCUACCCCCUCACGUGACCCAGGACGUCACUGCGGGGAGCCGGGGACAGGCGCUACGGCAGCCGGGAAGCGGCGAUGUCGGGGGACGGAGAACGCUCCCCGUUGCUGCCCGCGGAGCUUGGCGAGCCGGGCACUCCCGGGGCGGGCGGGACCCUGGCCGGGCCUGGCGGGCUCGUGCCCUCCGCGCCGCUCCCGCCCUACGGGGGCCCCGCGGCAGGGAAGCCGGCCCCGCCCCAUGGCUUCCCACCGUUCCCGGAUGGGCAUCCGGCUGUGCUGCCCGGCGAGGACCCCCCACCCUACUCCCCCAUGGCCAGCCCCGACAGCGGCAGCGCCCCCAUGAUCACCUGCCGCGUCUGCCAGAGCCUCAUCAACGUGGAGGGCAAGAUGCACCAGCACGUGGUGAAGUGCAGCGUCUGCAACGAGGCUACGGUGAGCUGGGAGCCCCCGAUCAAGAAUGCUCCCCAGGGAAAGAAGUAUUGUGAGUGUCCCUGCAACUGCCUGCUGAUCUGAAUGACGUCCCAGCGCAUCGCCUGUCCCCGGCCCUACUGGCCGGUGCAUCCAGGGCCCCUGAGCCCCGAGCCACCGCCUGUGGGGUUGCGGGUCAUCUGUGGGCACUGCAAAUACUUUCUGUGGACAGAGUUCACAGACCGCACCUUAGCCCGCUGCCCGCACUGCCGCAAAGUCUCCUCCAUCGGGCGCAGGUACCCCUGGAAGAGAUGCAUCUGCUGCCUUCUCCUGGGUGUCCUAGUGGCUGUAGCUGCCACAGGCCUAGCGUUUGGCACAUGGAGGCACGCCCGGCGGUACAGUGGGAUCUACGCCUCCUGGGCGCUUAUCAUUCUCCUGGCCGUGCUGUGUCUGGGCCGGGCCAUGUACUGGGCCUGCAUGCGAGUCAGCCACCCCGUCCAGAACUUCUCCUGAGCCGCCCCUGCCGUGGGGAGCCCCGCCCAUCUCAGUCAGCUCCUGCCCAGCCCCCUGGUCCGCUCCCGUGCCUCUCGCCUUGGUCCUGCUCCCCUCCCAACCUGCCGGAGCCUGAGCAGGAGACCCCCACAGGACGGGACCAAUGAAGGCGGCUGCAGUGGUCUCAAGGACUAGGGGCCCACCAGCCCAAGAGGGCAGCUGAACUAUGGUAGCUCUGUCUGGACCAACCAGAGAGGGAGCUGGAUUACAGUGGCUUGGCUGGGACCCACCUAGCCAAGGGACGCUGGGUGACAGAGAUAGGACACCCCCUGCCCCCCCAAGGGAGACUGGAUGAUGGAGCUGGGACCCACCACCCCAGAGACCCCACACGCCCAAGGGACACUGGACGACUGAGCUGAGACCAACCAUGCCGGAGACCCCACACACCCAAGGGACACUGGACGAUGGAGUUGGGACCCACCACCCCCUCCCAAGGGACACUGGAGCUGGAACCUCCUCCUCCUCCUCCCCUCCCCACAACAUCCCCCGCACUCAAGGGACACUGGAUGAUGGAUCUGGGACUCACCACCCUGGAGACUCCACGCACCCAAGGGACACUGGACGAUGGAGCUGAGACCCACCGUGCCGGAGACCUCACACACCCAAGGGACACUGGACGAUGGAGCUGGGACCCAAUACCUCGGAGACUCCACGCACCCAAGGGACUCUGGACAAUGGAGCUGAGACCCACCAUGUCGGAGAUCCCACACACCCAAGGGACACUGGACGAUGGAGCUGGAAUCCAACACCCCGGAAACCCCACGCACCCAAGGGGCACUGGAUGACAGAGCUAGGACCCCCCACCCAAGGGAUACUGAACAAUGGAAAUGGGACUCACCACCCCCUCCCAAGGGACACUGGAGCUGGAACCUCCUCCUCCCCUCCUCACAACACCCCCCGCACCGAAGGGACCCUGGCUGACGGAGCGGCAACUCACUGCCCAGGAUGAGGUGGCCAGAAGGAAGCCCUGAUGGCUGCUUAGUCACUGGGGGUCCCACAUCCCUCCUG